UGUAAAGGCAGCCCGAGGACCUCACAUAGUAAAAUGGCUGAAAAGCAGAAACACGAAGGCAGGGUAAAGAUAGGACACUACAUCCUCGGAGACACGCUCGGAGUCGGAACAUUUGGAAAAGUGAAGAUUGGAGAGCAUCAGCUAACAGGCCAUAAAGUUGCUGUGAAGAUCCUCAACAGACAGAAGAUCCGCAGUCUCGAUGUUGUGGGCAAAAUCAAACGAGAGAUUCAGAACCUUAAGCUCUUCAGACAUCCACACAUCAUCAAGCUGUAUCAGGUGAUCAGCACUCCCACAGACUUCUUCAUGGUCAUGGAGUACGUGUCCGGAGGCGAACUCUUUGAUUAUAUUUGCAAGCAUGGGAGGGUGGAGGACGCCGAGGCCAGGCGUCUGUUCCAGCAGAUCAUCUCAGCUGUGGAUUACUGCCACAGACACAUGGUGGUGCACAGAGACCUCAAACCAGAGAAUGUGCUGCUGGAUGGCAACAUGAAUGCCAAGAUCGCUGACUUUGGUCUGUCAAACAUGAUGUCAGAUGGAGAGUUCCUGAGGACGAGCUGCGGAUCACCAAACUACGCCGCACCAGAGGUCAUAUCCGGAAGGCUGUAUGCUGGUCCAGAGGUGGACAUCUGGAGCUGUGGUGUUAUUCUCUAUGCACUGCUUUGCGGGACGCUGCCGUUUGAUGAUGAACACGUGCCCACACUCUUCAAAAAGAUCCGUGGAGGGGUUUUCUACAUCCCCGAAUACCUCAACCGCUCUGUGGCCAGUCUGCUGAUGCUCAUGCUGCAGGUGGACCCGCUGAAGAGAGCUACUAUUAAAGACAUCAGAGAGCAUGACUGGUUCAAACAGGAUCUUCCUGGCUACCUGUUCCCAGAAGACCCCUCAUAUGACGCCACAGUGGUGGACGAGGAGGCCGUGCGCGAAGUGUGCGAGAAGUUUGAAUGCACUGAAGCCGAAGUGCUGAGCAGCCUGUAUAGCGGAGACCCUCAAGACCAACUGGCGGUGGCGUAUCACCUCAUCAUCGACAACCGGCGGAUCAUGAACCAAGCCAGCGAGUUUUACCUGGCCUCCAGCCCCCCGACCAGCUCCUUCAUGGAGGAGGGCAUGCCUCUGCCACCCGGAGUCAAACCUCACCCCGAACGCAUGCCGCCGCUGCUGGCCGACAGCCCUAAAGCACGCUGCCCUCUGGACGCCCUCAACACCACCAGACCCAAACCGCUGGCCGUCAAGAAGGCCAAGUGGCACCUGGGCAUCCGGAGCCAGAGCAAACCCUACGACAUCAUGGCUGAGGUUUACAGAGCCAUGAAACAGCUGGAGUACGAGUGGAAAGUGGUGAACCCGUAUCACCUAAGAGUGCGCCGGAGGAAUCCCGUCACAGGGAAUUUCGUGAAAAUGAGUCUGCAGCUCUACCAGGUGGACAAUCGCAGCUACCUGCUCGACUUCAAGAGCAUUGAUGAUGAUAUUAUGGAGCACAGGUCAGGCUCGUCGACACCACAGCGCUCCGGCUCAACAGCGGGUCUUCUUCGCCCACGGCUCAGCAUCGACUCAGCGUCAGUGGUGGCGAUGGAGAUGCCUCAGCUCAGCAGUUCUCUGCCUGGCUCUCUGACCGGAAGCACACCCCUACUGACCCCACGCCAGGGCAGCCACACCAUGGACUUCUUCGAAAUGUGUGCCAGCCUCAUCACCACACUGGCUCGCUGAGACCCGCUCGCACACACGUCCAUCACUGAUGCUCUUUACCUCUUAUAAAGCAGGCAGAAGGUGAAGGGUGGGGUUGAUGUAUUUCAGGCCUAUAGUAGCAGAUUUACCCUCAGAAAGGUUUUGGACACGAGCAAACGAAUGAAAGUCAUUGCGUCAGUUAACCACCUGUGCUACUAAUGAGCAAACAAGCGAUCUUUUUUUGCGACUGUUUCGUCAAAUAAUGUGAAUACGAAUUGUCAUUUUAAUGAAUGAAAAUGCACUUUGGAUUUUUAUUGUAGUAAUUACAAAAUGUAUU